AAUACCGGCAUUUUAGUCUCCUCCUCACAUUUCUACUUUCCUUUUAUAAAUAAACCAUGAGAGGCUUACUCACUGCUUGUCAAAUCCUAACAAAAUCAUCAUUCGCUCUCUCCAACUACACUAACUUCACCUGCCGAACAUACGCGAUCAUGGCUACUUCUGGGACCGAGGAGUUUGUCAAAGGAAUUGUUCAUCCAAACGGCGUCGCUGUCAUCACUCUCGAUCGUCCCAAAGCUCUCAACGCCAUGAAUCUAGAUAUGGACAUAAAAUACAAGAAUUUUCUUGAUGAAUGGGAAUCAGACCCAAGGGUCAAGUGUGUGCUGGUUGAGGGUAGCUCACCUCGUGCCUUCUGUGCAGGUAUGGAUAUCAAGGGGGUUGCUGCUGAAAUUCAACGAGACAAAAACACACCUCUCGUGCAAAAGGUAUUUACUGCAGAGUAUUCUCUGAUAUGCAAAAUUUCUGACUACAAGAAACCAUAUUUGAGCUUCAUGGAUGGCAUAACAAUGGGUUUUGGAAUUGGCCUGUCUGGUCAUGGUCGCUACAGAAUUAUAACAGAGAGGACUGUUCUAGCCAUGCCAGAAAAUGGAAUUGGCUUAUUCCCAGAUGUUGGAUUUUCAUAUAUCGCGGCAAAAAGUCCAGGAGGAGGAUCAGUUGGUGCUUAUCUUGGAUUGACUGGAAAAAGGAUUUCCACGCCUUCUGAUGCAUUGUUUGUUGGACUUGGAACAGAUUAUGUCCCAUCUGGGAAUGUAGGUCCUCUAAAGGAGGCCCUUUUGGCAGUUACCUUUUCCGAGGAUCCAGAUCAGGAUAUCAAAGCACUUUUGGCAAAAUACAAGACUGAUCCUGAGAAUGAGGCCCAUUUGAAGUCACUUUUACCUCAAAUAGUUUCAUCCUUUGGACCCAAAAGGUCAGUUAAGGAGAUAUUUGAAGAGCUUAAAAAACAUCAAUCAAGUCGUGAAGCCUCAGUGGUGCAGUGGGCUAAUGAGGCUCUUCAAGGUCUUGGAAAAGGUGCUCCAUUUUCACUUUGUUUGACGCAAAAGUAUUUCUCCAAAGUUGCAUCAGCAUAUGGAAAAUCUGACAAUGAAUUAUCCAAGCUAACUGGUGUGAUGAAAACUGAAUAUCGAAUUGCUCUAAGAUCUGCUCUACGAGGUGAUUUUGCUGAAGGUGUCCGGGCAGUCUUAGUGGACAAAGAUCAGAAUCCAAAGUGGAACCCAUCAAGCUUGGAGGAAGUUGACGAAAGUGAAGUGGAAGCUGUGUUUAGACCACUUGGCGCAGACAUUCAGGAAUUUAAAGCUUGAGGUUUUGAACUGAAGAAGUUGAAAGCUUCCUUGAUCGGCCUAGUUUUAUUUAUCGUGGCGGUAAUUCUACUGAACCAAAUUAUUCUCUUCAAAGUUAAAAGAGAAAAUAAAUUUGUUGAGAAUGAAAACAUGAAUAAAAUUAUAAUAAAAUUCAAGUUAAUCGA